AUGUAUAUUGAAAAGAUCAUCAUUGAGGGCUUCAGAAAUGGAUCCGGAAAAAGUAGUUUCUUCGAAGCGAUUCAAUUCGUCUUGUGCGAAGAAUACCACAAAUUAUCACCGGAAGAGCGCAGCAGUUUUCUGCACGAAGGUACAUCUUCUCGAGUACCUUCCUGUUUUGUAGAACUUAUUUUCAACAACUCCGACAAACAAUUUCCCGGAGAAUCAACAGAAAAAAUAACAAUCCGUCGCACAAUUGGUCCAAAGCAAGAUCAAUUUCUCUUAAACAAAAAGCGAAUUUCAAAAGAAGAAAUUCUUAGAUUAUUUCCGACUGCUGGAUUAUCAACUCGCAAUCCAUAUUACAUCAUCAAGCAGCGUGAGCUAUUAGAAAUAGUAACAGGCACAGAUGAAAUGAGAUUGGACCAGCUCAAAGAAAUAGCGGGUAUCUCCUUAUUCGAAACCCGGUAUCAAGAAAUGAAGACACUGCUGCACCCGAUAAUGACCUACCUAUCGCGUGACGACUUGUUUGACAAUGUAAACCGAUGCUUGCGACAAAAAGAAGCAGAAGAGCAAGACAUGAAGCAGUAUGCUGAGUUGAAGAAGCAGCGACGCUUGUUAGAGUUUUUGCUGAGUGAAAUGGAGCUGAAGAAAUUCACCAGCUUGCUCACUAAAGCACAGCGUCGAUACUCGGAGCAGAGCACUGAGCUUAUUGACGUUAAGCAAGAUUUAAAUUCAGUUGAAGAAGAAAUUUCUAAGCUUGUUAGCAAAAUUAACGCGACUAAAAAAGAAAUUGAUCUUGUUAAAUUUAAUUUUCGGGAAUUAAUUACUAAAAGGGAAAAAUUUUUAAUUAAUGUAAAAAAUUGGAAGGUCAAUAUUGAGCGCUUGGUGGAAAAUAUCAGCAAGGAUGAAGAGGCGCAGGAAGAAAUUAAAGACGAGUUGGAAAAAUUAAUAGAGUCAAUUGAUAAAUUCAACGAUGAUUUAAUUCCUAUUAAGAAAGAGUACGAGGCUAAAGAAGCUGAAGAAAAAAAAAUUACACAUGAUUUGGCUGUUGCAGAGAAAUUGCAGAAAGAAUUGAUCUUAAAAAAACACCGUAAAAAAUUGUUUGAAAAUAAAGAGGAACGCGAUGAUUGGAUUAAAGAACACUUGCAAUUAUUAGAUGAAAAAAUCAAAGAGUCUGAUCAGUACAGAGCUCAGUACGAAAACGAACUUGAAGUGGAAAAAAGUAAAAAACGUGAUUUAGAAAAUAAAAUUCAAGAGCUUGAAGAUUUUUUUAAAUCACGGCUAACUUCUAUUAUUAAUUCUGAGCGAACUUUGGAUGAAAGGAAAAAUGAAAGAAUCCAGUAUCAAAAACAACGGAAAGAUUUGUUUGAGAAGAAGAGUAUUUUUGAGAGUGAAUUGAAUGACUUGAAUCAUGAGUUGAAAAAAGCUGACCAGGCGCUUGGAGUUAAUAAAGAUAUUAUAUUUGGGCUUUAUAGUGUCUUUAAAGUUCUUGAUACUUUUAGGCAGCAGGAUAGAGAAGAAGUUGAAGAAAAUUAUCAUGGGAUGGUUGUGGAUAAUUUUAGCGCAAUAGAAGAUCUCAAUACUGCGAUUGAAAUGACUGCUGGGACUCGUCUGUUUUAUAAUAUUGUUGAGACUGAUGAAUUUGGGAUGAAGAUUUUGGAAGAAAUGAAUGAACAGAAAUUGCCUGGAGUUGUUAAUUUUUUAGCGAUUAAUAGAUUGAAUUUUAAAGAGCAAAAUUAUCCGGAUGAUGAUGACGAUGCAAGGCCUUUAAUAUAUUCUCUGCAGUAUGAGGACAAAUUUGACGCUGUUAUAAGUAGUAUUUUUGGAAGAACGCUUGUAUGUAAAAAUUUGGAGUGUGCUAGCAAUGCAGUGGAUAGAUAUAAGUUGAAUUGUAUUACUUUGAGUGGCGCUAAAAUUUCCAAGUCGGGGGAUGUUGCUGGUGGGCAUAAAAAAAAUUAUAAAUCAAUGAUUGCUGCUUACAGAACUCGGGUUAAAAUAUUGGGGAAAAUUCGGAGGGCUGAGGGAAAGUUGAAGAGGAUUGAUGAUGAAUUUAAAAGAGUUGAAGAAGAGUCUAAUAAAAAUUUAACGGAGAUUAAUAAGUUGGAGGUAAAGUUGAUAAAAGCUAAUGAUAUUCAAAAGAAUGUUAGGGAAGAAAUUGAAAGGCUGAAGGAGCAGCAGAGGGAUAUUGAGGGUAAAUGUGAGGAAACGGAGAAAAUUUUGAAUGAUUUUGUGACUGUCUUGGAGAUUGUUCGGGGGAAUAAAGAGCAUUUGGAGAGUGAAUUGCAGCAGGAUUUACUGAGUCAGUUGACUGAUGAGGAUCAGAGGCAAUUUGAAGAGGUUAAUGAUUUAAUUGUACAACUGAGCUGUAAGAAGAAAAAAUUAGUUGAUGACUUGAUUGAUUUGAGCAAUGAAAAAGAUCGGUUGGAAGAAUUUGUGAAGAAAGGAUUGUUAAAGAAGAAAAAAUUAGAGGAGAGACUUCAGGAGCUGGAGGUUGGGGUUGAAAAAUUUAAGGUGGAGUUGCGAAGGACUAAAGAAGAAAUUAAAGAGAUUAAAAGUAAGAUUGAUGAGAUUAAUGAGAGAAUUGAUGAGGAUAAAAUUACGGAUUUGGUGAGAAUUAAAAUAAAUCUUGAAGAAAAGUUGAAAAAAAGAGUGGGAAGGAAAGAAGAAAUUUUGGAAAUUUUCAGGGCUUUAAAGUGUUCUGUUGAAGAGCUAGAAGCGAAAAUUAAGAAUUAUGAGGAAGAAAUUUCUGUACAGAAGGAAAAGUUAAAAAUUAUGGAUCCUAUGACGCGGCAUCGCAAUGCUCAUCUGUCUUUUAGAGAAUUAAAUGAGAGAUUAAGAGAAGUUAAUGCGAGCUUGAAGUCUUUGGAGAAUAUUAACAUAGAUGUGCUUCGGCAGUUUGAAAUGGUCACGGAGUUUAGUGAAGAAUUCAAAGCUACUCAUGAAAAAUUAAUCCAGUACGUUGAGGAAGCAAGGAAGCUUCUACAGCUUGUCAGGGAAAGCAAGACUGAAAUAACUUGUACUACUUUUCGAGAGAUGAACAAGCAUUUUAAUAAGAUUUUUAAAAAACUUGUGCCGGGUGGGUCUGCUAAGCUGAUUUUGAAAAUAGAUGGAGAAAAAGACAAGUAUUUUGAAGAUAUUACGGUGGAAAUUAUAGAGGCUGGGGAUUUAAUUGGAGUGGACAUGGAGGUCUCUUUCAAUGAAUCUGCUGAAGAGCAGCAGGUUUUAGAACAAUUCUCCAGUGGGCAAAAGUCACUUGUUGCCCUAGCUUUUAUUUUGGCGGCGCAAAAGUGCCAUUUUACCCCGUUUUAUGUCCUUGAUGAAAGCGACUACGCGCUUGAUCCAGAGCAUAGAAAAAACUUUGCGAAGUUAAUCGCUAGUCUUAGUAAUAAAAUACAAUUUAUUUCUACGACUUUCAGACCGGAGCAGCUCGAAUAUGCGAAUGAGUUUUUUGGAGUUCAAAUACGAAAUAAGGUUUCGUAUUUGCAAAGAAUUUCCAAGAAGGAAGCUGCAGCCUUCGUUGAAGAUUAA